AUGGCGGACGUGCUGAGCGUCCUGCGCCAGUACAACAUCCAGAAGAAGGAGAUCGUGGUGAAGGGGGACGAGGUCAUCUUCGGCGAGUUCUCCUGGCCCAAGAACGUCAAGACCAACUACGUGGUGUGGGGGACCGGGAAGGAGGGCCAGCCCAGAGAGUACUACACCUUGGAUUCCAUCUUGUUCCUUCUCAACAAUGUGCACCUUUCCCACCCUGUCUACGUCCGGCGGGCAGCCACUGAAAACAUUCCUGUGGUUAGAAGACCCGACCGAAAAGAUCUGCUUGGCUAUCUCAACGGGGAGGCAUCAACGUCGGCAAGCAUAGACCGAAGCGCCCCUCUCGAAAUAGGCCUUCAGCGGUCUACUCAAGUCAAACGAGCUGCAGAUGAAGUUUUAGCAGAAGCAAAGAAACCACGGAUUGAGGAUGAAGAGUGUGUGCGCCUGGACAAGGAGCGGCUGGCUGCUCGCCUGGAGGGGCACAAAGAGGGCAUCGUGCAGACGGAGCAGAUUAGGUCUUUGUCGGAAGCUAUGUCGGUGGAAAAAAUUGCAGCAAUCAAAGCGAAAAUUAUGGCGAAGAAAAGGUCUACCAUUAAGACGGACUUAGACGACGACAUAACGGCGCUGAAACAGCGGAGCUUUGUGGACGCCGAGGUGGACGUGACCCGGGACAUUGUGAGCAGAGAGCGCGUGUGGAGGACGCGCACGACGAUCCUCCAGAGCACGGGCAAGAACUUCUCCAAGAAUAUCUUUGCCAUCCUUCAGUCUGUGAAAGCCAGAGAAGAAGGGCGUGCCCCCGAGCAGCGACCGGCCCCCAACGCAGCGCCCGUGGAUCCCACAUUGCGAACCAAACAGCCCAUCCCAGCUGCCUACAACAGAUACGACCAGGAGAGAUUCAAAGGGAAAGAAGAAACGGAAGGCUUCAAGAUUGACACGAUGGGCACGUACCACGGGAUGACGCUGAAGUCCGUGACGGAGGGUGCGUCGGCCCGUAAGACUCAGACACCUGCAGCACAGCCCGUACCGAGACCAGUUUCUCAGGCAAGACCUCCUCCUAAUCAGAAGAAAGGUUCUCGCACACCCAUCAUCAUCAUUCCCGCCGCUACCACCUCUUUAAUAACCAUGCUCAACGCCAAGGACCUGCUGCAGGACCUCAAGUUCGUCCCGUCGGACGAGAAGAAGAAGCAGGGCUGCCAGCGGGAGAACGAGACGCUGAUCCAGCGGAGGAAAGACCAGAUGCAGCCGGGCGGCACGGCGCUCAGCGUCACGGUGCCCUACAGGGUCGUGGACCAGCCCCUGAAACUUAUGCCUCAGGACUGGGACCGGGUCGUGGCCGUUUUCGUGCAGGGUCCUGCGUGGCAGUUCAAAGGGUGGCCAUGGCUUUUGCCGGAUGGAUCACCAGUUGACAUAUUCGCCAAAAUCAAAGCCUUCCAUCUCAAGUACGAUGAAGUCCGCCUGGACCCCAACGUGCAGAAGUGGGACGUCACGGUGCUGGAGCUGAGCUACCACAAGCGCCACCUGGACCGGCCGGUGUUCCUGCGCUUCUGGGAGACGCUGGACAGGUACAUGGUAAAGCAUAAAUCCCACUUGAGGUUCUGA